AUGGAGGAUAGAGCAUCCGAAGCUAAAGCUACUUUGUCCAGUGUUGGCUUAUCGAAUAUAAUUCGGUGUGUUGAUGCACAGGAUAAGUCCAAUGUUGAUUUGACAUGCGAAGUAUUGAAAGUAUGCUUUGAAAAAUUUGAUGUGGGACACGUAGUUAAACAAUUUAUAGCUCAUAUUAUGUUUUUACUGCGCCAUGAGCAAGAUUGUGUAAGGAGACUUGCAAUUGAAGAGGUAUAUAAAUCUGUAACAACUGAUCUAUCACUCUUACCUGUGCCACAAUAUAUUGAUCUAUUUGUAGCUAUUUCACAAAUGGUUUGUGACCAAGAUGUUGGAAUAGCAAAUAAAGCAGUUCUUAUAACAUCUAAUUUACCAUUUGAAGCUUAUCCUAAAGUUUUGGAAGAAAUGAAAAUUGCUUUAGAUCAUAAUAGCAGCAGUAAAUGUAAUGCUUAUGAGGUUGCUAUUAACAUUUCAUUGAAAUCUCCUGAACUAUUCAAACUAUGUGUUGAUUAUGGGUACAUUGAGCAUAUGGUGCUUGAAUUAGAUACAUCUGAUGUUUUGUAUCAAUUGAACAUUCUUGAACUGUUGUCAAGAUUAGCUAUGAAACUUUAUGGGAUUCAAUACCUGGUGAAAGGGGGAGAUUUGAAAAGAAUAUCUACAUUAAUGGCAGAUCUAGAUAAAAAUCCUUUAGGAAGCCUAUUAGUACCAGGGUACAUGAAAUUCUUUGGGAGUAUGGCACAUUACUGUCCAAAAGAAAUAUUAGAAAAGUAUCCUGUUUCAUUGAAUUUAGUAUUUAAUGCAAUCGACUCUGAUGAUCAAGCAAUAUUGCUAGUGGCAUUAGAUACUUUAGGUUUUAUCGGUAAAACAACAGAAGGGAAAUUGUGUCUAGCAGCAGUUGGAAGCAAAUUUAUUGGCGCUGUAGAGAAGAUUGGAACAUUUAUAAAGAAUAGUCCCACAGAAGUAAAAGUUCGAGCUGCGCAAUGCUUUACUAGUCUUAUAAGUGUAGAAAUGGAUGCAAAAGAUAAUGGGCCUGUUGAUCAUAGAGUAACAUUAAUGACAAGAGAAUGGUUUAGAACUAUCAAUAAAGAAGCUGGCGCAACAGAGACUUUAUUUGACAUGUGUAAAAAUCCUUUUCCUGAUAUCAAAUUAGCUGGCUUUAACUUACUUGAUGCAGUAUGCCAACAUUUAUGGGGUGAGCAGGAAGUGGCAAGAGUAGCAGGGUUUGUAGAGUACCUACUAGAUCGUACCGUCAGUGAUUCGAAAGAAGGAAAAGAAGCUAAAUAUAAUAUUAUAAAAAGAUUAUCUCAGUCACCUGCAUUUGAUGACAAUAUACAGGCAAGAUUACAGCAAUACAUAGAAGAAGGUCCAUUUUAUAUAGAUGGGGACAUGGAUGUAAUUUUGGGAAAUGGUGAA